GACGCGCACGUGUGCCGCAAAACGGACGGCGGUGGCCCUGGUCUUGUGCACCAUGACGUUCGGUGGCUCUUCCUCAGUUAUUCCUGUUCGUCUUCUCGCUAUCUUAUCUUCCUGGGGCAGUUUGGACGGUUAAGUGUGCAAAUGUCCCACCUCCUGCAAGUCGCGGCCGCUGUGAAGUGGUCGAAGUCGACGGCUGCUCGCAGAGCCAUUUUCCUGGCCUUGGCCACUUACGGUGUCAAAAGGCUGUAUCCUAUCCUCCAGCAUCACUUCCAUGGCAAGCCUCGGCCUGGGGCAUCGUCACCCCGUCACACACCCGGCCAGUGCUUUGCCAAGAAGUCUCCGGCUGUUGAUGCUGAUUUUUGUCAGCAGCUCCUCGGUCUCAGCAAAAUCCUUUUCCCCAAACUGCUCACCAAGGAACUGGGUUUGCUCUGCCUGCAUUCAGUGGCUUUGAUUUCCAGGACGUUUCUCUCCAUUUACGUGGCCGCAUUGGAUGGGAAGAUCGUGAAGACAAUCGUUGAAAAGAAACCCAAAAGCUUUGUGCUGAAACUGGUCAAAUGGCUUUUAGUGGCCAUCCCAGCCACUUUUGUCAAUAGCGUGAUUCGCUAUCUGGAAUGUAAAUUGGCUCUGGCAUUUCGCACUCGCCUGGUUGAUCACGCGUAUCGUACGUACUUCACCGACCAGACUUACUACAAGGUUAGCAACAUGGACGGGAGGCUGGAAAAUCCCGAUCAGUCACUGACAGAAGAUAUCCUGAUGUUUACUCAGUCCAUUGCACAUUUGUACUCCAAUUUAACGAAGCCCAUCUUUGAUGUCAUGUUGACCUCGUACACCUUAAUCCAGACUGCAACUUCGCGGGGAGCAAACCCCAUGGGACCCACUAUUUUAGCCGGCUUUGUCGUCUAUGCCACAGCAAGGGUAUUACGAGCCUUCUCUCCAAGAUUUGGCAAACUGGUGGCCGAAGAAGCCCAAAGGAAAGGAUACUUAAGAUAUAUCCAUUCACGUAUUAUAGCCAAUGCAGAGGAAAUUGCUUUUUACAGGGGACAUAGGGUGGAAAUGAAUCAGCUACAGAAAAGUUACAAGUCGCUUGCUGCCCAGAUGAAUCUUAUUUUGUCUAAAAGAUUAUGGUACAUAAUGUUGGAACAAUUUCUAAUGAAGUAUGUGUGGAGUGGAAGUGGAUUAGUGAUGGUGGCGGUGCCCAUUAUUACGGCAACAGGUUUUGCAGACAAUGAGUCAGAAGAUGGUCACAAGCAAGUAAGUUUGGUUAGUGAACGAACAGAAGCUUUUACCACUGCACGCAAUCUGUUGGCUUCUGGAGCAGAUGCAAUUGAAAGAAUUAUGUCAUCAUACAAAGAGAUCACUGAAUUGGCUGGCUAUACUGCUCGAGUGCACAACAUGUUUUCGGUUUUUGAUGAAGUUCAGAGGGGAAUAUAUAAGAAGUCCACCAUCAGUCAAGAAUUUGAAAUGGAUUCCAGUAAAGUAACAAAAUAUGGCUUAAAUAUUGCAGGUUCUUUGGAACAGAAAGGUCAAGUUAUUGAUGUUGAUGUGGGAAUUAUAUGUGAAAAUGUUCCCAUUAUUACCCCAAAUGGAGAUGUUGUUGUUUCCAGAUUAAACUUUAAGGUUGAUGAAGGUAUGCAUCUCCUUAUUACUGGGCCUAAUGGAUGUGGAAAAAGUUCUUUAUUCAGGAUUUUGAGUGGUCUAUGGCCAGUGUACGGAGGGGUAUUGUAUAAACCUCCUCCGCAGCAUAUGUUCUACAUUCCCCAGAGGCCUUACAUGUCUGUUGGAACUCUAAGGGAUCAGGUUAUCUAUCCGGAUUCUGUGGAAGACAUGCAUGAGAAGGGAUAUACAGAUCUCGAUCUGGAGCAUAUUCUAGAUAUUGUUCACUUGAAUCACAUAGUACAGAGAGAGGGAGGAUGGGAUGCCUUUACUGACUGGAAGGAUGUCUUGUCUGGUGGUGAGAAACAAAGAAUGGGGAUGGCACGAAUGUUUUAUCACAAACCAAAAUAUGCAUUGUUAGAUGAAUGCACAAGUGCUGUGAGUAUUGAUGUCGAAGGAAAGAUAUUUCAGACUGCAAAAAAUUCAGGGAUCUCAUUGCUGUCAAUUACACAUAGGCCAUCUCUCUGGAAAUACCACACACACCUAUUACAGUUUGAUGGGGAGGGUGGUUGGCGAUUUGAACAACUGGAUACUGCCACCCGACUCUCAUUGGCUGAGGAAAAGCAAAGACUUGAGUCUCAACUGGCUGGAGUCCCUCAGAUGCAACAGAGAUUGAAUGAACUGUGCAAGAUUUUGGGAGAAGACUCUGUGCUCAGAACUACUGGAUCAGAAGAAUGAUAACAGACAAUGGAUGGUGAAUAAUAAGAGUUGCAAAAGAAAUACAUGACGCAAACAAAAUUAAAAUGAGAUUUUCCAAUUCAUUUAGAAUCAUUAAUCCUUUCAGCAAAACAAGUUUUAACUUUUGGAUGUAUAACCUCAUCACUUCAUUAGAAUACUGGUAGGUAAAACUUUGGGAAGUUUACAUUAUUGAAAUAACUUUUCAUGAAUUUGACCGCACAUAUUUGAAAAAUAAAAUCUUAAGAGGAAGCUAGAAUUUACAUAUUCUGGAUAAUUGGUUCAUGUUCUGUAAAUGCGGUUCUAUGCUUUAAGGUCUAACGAACCGCCUUUUCUGUUCACUUGGUAUCAGCUAUCAUGUGGUACAAGUGACCAGGAUAGAUUUUUGAUAUUGCUGUUACCACACCACUAUCUUUUUUAACCACUCUGCUCAAGAAGUUUAUCUGCAAUAAGCACAAACAGUAUUUUGUCCUGUUUGUCAGGAUCCAUUGUUUUGAGGAAAGGGAGAGGAGUUUGUAUAUCAAAAUAUGAUUUUAUUAUAGUGCAGUAUGAUUGAAUCUCUCAUAAGAUUUAGCAUGCCAGCCAUGCUUUUUAAACUGUUAUGUCCCUAUUUGCUGCUGCUCAAGCAGUAUAUUUUAUUCAGCACAGCUUCUGUAUUUUUGUUAGGUAUGAAUUUGUUUACCCACAUUCCAUAGUACAAAGCAUCUAAAAUUGUGCUUUUUUUUGAAGGUAAGAUGGUUUUCUAUUUAAUUACUGAAGCCCUCUGUUGGUUGAGACCAACCAUAGAUAUUGGGUCCUAGCUGUCUACGUGUUAGGCAAGUCAGUGCAGUAAAAUAUGAAGCCCAGGCUUGUGCCCCGGAGAGGACACAAUCCACCAGAGGUGCAAACCCACAAUCCCCUGGGAUCGAUGGCUGUCUACUAAGAUAUGAAAAGCAAGCUGUCUCACCCUUUUCAUGUGGCUGUUGAAUCAAAAGGAAUGGCAGAGACCAGUACAGAUUGGCACCAGAAGUGUUGCAUGAGUUGCCAGUCAGCGUUGAACUCGAUGUAGGACUCUCUUAGGGACUCCAGCUCUGGAUUUUUCCUCAGGGGUUUACUCACGAAGCCUUCCCUAUGAGUAGGUAUAGCCACAAGGCAGUGGAGGUUGAGAGUUUUCCUUCUAGAUGAGGUGCCAGCUGUGCUUGGUGAGUGCCAUCUGCCUGAAGCAACUGGCUUUAAGAUGUCAAUAACCUGUUUUGCCCCUUUAAUUAUUAUAGUGUACAUUAACACAAUGCGCACAUUUUCCUUCAACAAAAGGAUUAUCAGUUCCAUUAAUUACAUCUAUUUUUCCAAUGAAAAUCUUAGUACUUUGACUUCAAAGAAAAACCCAGGUGAGCUUUGAAAGCAAAAUAACAGCAGAUGCAGGAAAUCUUAAAAACAAAGUGCAGGAAAUGCUCUGCAGGAUGGGCAGCAUCUGUGGUGAGAGAAAGAGUUAAUGCUUAAGAUUUAUGAUUUUCAUCGUAGCAGGUAAAAUGUCAUUGUCUGAAACAGCUGUUGGCUCGCCACAGUAUUUUCAAUUUUUAUUUCUGGGUUUACUUUAUUCUUUUCAAAGGUUUUUAAGCGUUUAUUAGAACUGAUUCAUGCAGAGGCUUGUCUCUUCAAGAAAAUGUUUACUCAAUGUACUUGGCGUUCUUUACAUCUGUACUACUGAGAUGCCUAGUUUUAUAUACAUUACUAUUUUUAAUUAUAAGCCAUCAGAUUUUUUAAUUUGUUCCUUUCCUGCCAGGAAGGUUAAGUCUGUGGAUUUUGUAACUGUUGUUUGGCCAUCUGGGGGUGUACUUCUUUGAUGCAGAGCUGGUCCUGUAUUCAGCACACUUCUCUCCAUACAUGAAAUAAACAUGGAAUCUAUGGAAACUUUGCAGUGGGGAAUAUUAGAAUUCAAACCACAACUGAAGCCAGUAUUUGAACUGAAAACUAAAUGGCUGCCAGUACUCUUGAGUGUGCUCCCCAUUAGCUUUUAGAUUCUACUAAGUUGUUGAGUUUGAAGUCAGCUUUUUUAAUUUAUUGUAUUAAAUUGCAAGGGUCCAUUAUCAUUCCUUGCUGUUCUGUGUAAAUUUUACAAAUGUACUGUUUGUAUUCUUGAAACUCUUGUCUUUCAUGAUAAGUUGGUGAUCUGCAUGUACUUGCAUGCCAUUAAAUAUUCGCAAACACGAAGAAAUCUGCAGAUGCUGGAAUUUCAAACAACACAAAAGUUGCUGGCAAACGCAGCAGGCCAGGCAGCACUUAUAGGAAGAGGUACAGUCAACGUCUUGGGCUGAAACAUCAACUGUACCUCUCCCUAUAGAUGCUGCCUGGCCUGCUGCAUUCACCAGCAACUUUUAUGUGUGUUGCCAUUAAAUAUUUUGUUUAAUUAUCACACUCUUCUAACCAGUCCAUACUACUGAACCUCACACUCAGCUUUGUGUUCUAAAAUGUGUUUUGCAUGAUGUAUGUAAACUUUAAGUAAUAUCAUGCAUUUCUGUGAAAAUGCAAUGUAUAGUAGCUCCAACAUUAUUCAUAUGGCUGGACCAGGAUGUGAUGGAAAAAUAGCAUGUGCAUGGGAAUGAACACAGCUAUUUAAUUUGUGAUUUGAUAGAUUUGUAACUAAAAUGAAUAACAUUUUAUAUUGAAACUUUAAAAUAUUAACAAUAAAUUGCAUGAUUUGCAGGUCAUUAUUUUGUUGAGUUGGUAAUUCUGGUACAGUUGACCAGCAAAAUGGAAAUUUUGCAUAAAUACCCCAAAUAUUUCACAUUUUUCCAUUGCUAUCAAAAAAAUCAGAAAUGUUACAACAUUUAAUCAAGGCAAAUCUGUUGUUGGCAGGUGUGGUCAAUCUGAAAUGAAAAUAAAUGAUGUGAUAUACAUUUGUAAUCAAAUGUAUUCUCUAUUCUGCUUCUGCCAACCAGUAUUUACAAAUAUCUCUUAUAGUGUUGGAGCUGAAAAGAGAAUUGGAUAACCAUACAUGAAUACAGUAUCAAAGUGCAGUAAAGUGCAUAUUUAUUGUCACAUCUAUUACCAACCAAAGUAAUACAUAUGCAAGGCCAAAUUAUGUUAUAUCUAAAGUACUGUUUGUAUUAACUAAUCUGAAGAGAUCUUGGCUUGACUUAGAACGUAAUUUGAGCAGUCCAAACACUGCAAGGAGUAAGUUGCAUUUUCUGAAAUGAAUUUAAAAAUUACCUCAAUGAAUGUGAAAUUCUGUUUUGCAUUUAAAUGACUGUUUAUUUAAUCCGUAUGUAAAUGCACCGUGUGUAUUGUAAUUUGGAAAAUACUUUUAUUGUUAUACACAUUAAAAGUUUCUGAAUCAUCAGGAACUUUCAUUUCUGUAGUUAUUACUUUAAAAAGGCAUACUAAGCUCUGAAGUGAAAAGGCA